AUUUUUGUGAUGAGAUGGCUGUGGAGUCUCAGUGGUUCCUGCGAAGUCGAAACGGGCUCUGUGGACAGACAGCAGGAGGCGAGAACCCCCUUCGCAGUCAGCUUCGACCUCCAUUUUCCCCCUUAAAUCAUAACGGUUUGAUGCUGAUUUUGUCGCACACUACAAAGACUGAGCCAGAAAACUGCUGAGAAUCUCUGCAACACUCCUCAAUCCUCUAGAUUGGCUCUGGACAGGUUCGUGUUGUAGCUGUGUGGCUGGGCAGCCUGGCUGCCCCCCUGCCUCCAGAUGAAUGAAGAACACUCCGGGACACAGAGACACAGCUGAUACAGGGCAUGCAGGUGUUUCUGCAAACAUGAUGAAGAAAAAGAAUCCACACAAAAAGCAUAAGAGCAGUCUGGGUCCGACUACCAAAGUGCUGUCGCAACCACGACGCAACAUCGUUGGCUGCAGGAUCCAACAUGUCUGGAAGGACGGAGGAGGACACGUGAUCUGGAAAGGAACCGUACUUGACCAGGUGCCAGUGAACCCAUCUCUCUAUUUAAUAAAGUAUGAUGGAUUCGACUGUGUUUAUGGACUGGAGCUUCAUAAAGAUGAGAGGGUUCAAGGACUGGAAGUUCUGCCUGAUAGGCUGGCCAAAUCUCGCCUGACAGACGUCAACCUGGCAGAUACAAUGAUAGGCAAAGCUGUGGAGCACAUGUUUGAGACAGAGGAGGGUCCAAAGGAGGAGUGGAGGGGGAUGGUGCUGGCCCGGGCUCCCAUCAUGACCACAUGGUUCUACAUCACCUACGAGAAAGAUCCCGUCCUAUACAUGUACCAGCUGCUGGAUGACUAUAAAGAAGGAGACCUCCGUAUUAUGCCUGACUCCAACGACAGUGUCCCAACGGAGAGGGAACCUGGAGAGGUGGUGGACAGCCUGGUGGGUAAACAGGUGGAGUACGCCAAAGAGGACGGCGGAAAACGAACGGGCAUGGUCAUCCACCAGGUGGAGGCCAAACCGUCCGUCUACUUCAUCAAGUUUGAUGACGACUUCCUCAUUUACGUGUACGACCUGGUCAAGACAUCAUAAGACUUUGCAGACCUCCUGAGGCCCCCCUCCUUCUACGUGACAGAAACAAAAUGAAGCACUUGUUGAAACAUCUGAAGCAUUCAACCCAGCACUUGUUCCUUGCACCAUGAAAGACAAGAAUAGACUCAGAAAAAGAUUUUUCAAAAUGAAAACAGAUAAGAAGACAAUUUAUCACAAUCAACCUUUUUUCCCAUCUGGGAAUAUUUAAGAUGGAAGUCCUUCUUUAAACCCUGAAAAUAGAGUAAAAAAAAACUUCCAUGGUUUUAUGUUACCUUUAAUAGGGUCAAAAAUUUCCGAGACUCUUUAAUUACCUUCUGUACAAAGAGAAGGUGCCUAAAAGUUUUAAAGCAAAUUUUGAAAAAAAUGCUCUUUUUCGUUGGAGAGAACUUUUAGGAAUACCAUUCAAACUUGGUAUGUAGAACACAACAGUGCUGAUCAGUAAAUACGUCACUGAACAGAUUACUUGUAGCCAGCUCAUUUCUGCUUAAAAAAACAAACAAACUUAAAGUGAAGUACACACGUUAAGUAAAGCAUGGUCAUUUCAAACCUACAAUAUUUCUGGAGUAGUCUUCAAAGAUUUGUCAUGAUUGUUAGUGACACAUCUGGCCACAGAAAAUUGUGCAAACUCCCAGUGAAGCAAUGUAGCCAGGAGCCAGUUGGCGGAAGGGCCUUGAAACAAAACAAGUUGUAACUACAGUGAAGAAGUAGCAGAUUUUUGGACACAGAACCAUGGGCAGCACAACUGUAAGGAAGCCCAUUUCUGGCACUCAAAGAGACAAAAUGGCCAAAAUAGUUAGGAAAGAUCAAAAUAAAAUAUCGUCAGCGUGAGUCAGUAUUGUCAUAUAGUAAGUAAAGUUUAUGACACUCUAAAACAGUUUUACAGAUUUGAAUUUUUCAGUUAAGAUGCAAAACUUUUUUUAAAAGAUAAAUAUUUUUAUUUUAUUUUUUUUGGGCCAAGGUUAUAGCAGGAAAACAUCAAAAUAAAUCUUUUGAUUUAAUAUCUCAUCAUUUUGAUUAAGCAAACAAAUGCUACCAAACUAUAUUGUAACUUUCACUUUAUACUGCAGUAUGUCAGAAUUCUGAUUAACCAAGAGUAGUUGUGUCUUUUAUUUGUUCCACUACAAAAAUGGACUUCCAUAUGACAAAGAUCCAGGAAGCAUAAUAAACUGGCCCGAGGUUACCAGUUUGACAAGUUGGACUUUCUGAGGCCUUUGAAACAGUUGCCUCAGAAUCUCAAUCUUGUUGGUUACAUCUCAAGAGGAACCAUGGAGAUUAUCAAAAAAUGUCUUUGGAAGUAUCUCUAAAGCAAAUUGUUCCUCUCGUUUAAACUGACUGAAGUGGAAUACCUGUUCCCAGUUAUUGUAUAGAGAAAAACAAGAUUUGUGAUUUUUCAUCACAUUGUGCUGCAACAGGCUCUUUGUCACCAACUUCACAAAGGUCAACACAUCGUCAACAUCAGCCGCUAAAAACUGGGAUUAAAAAAAAAAGGAGUCUUUCUGCAGGUUGCUUUCAUCAUUGCCAAAACCCCUUCCUGUUGUGAAGUAGUUUGAGUUGUUUGUUUGAGACGAUCGGACAGCUUUUUCUUGUGAUAUCACUAAAGCCUUUCAGUUUGUUUUCGUGUUGUCUUUUCUAAGUGGUCAAUGAAGGAGUAACUGGACGAAGACAAUGAAACUGAGACUUGGCCAAAGCCCUUUCUGUCCUUUUGAAGUUUGCUUAACUUGUUACAGAUGGCAGACAGCCACCUGGACCUUUGACUUCUGGGACUGAUGGAAAGCAUGGCUUAAUGCUCCUUAAAUCCCACAGGGAGAGAUAAGAAAUAUAUUCCCUGAACAGUUUGUGAGUGUGUUGGACUUUAAAGAGCACCAGAAGUGACAAGAAGAACUAAUCUGCUGUAGCGCUACAGUCACAUCAUCAAUCUCAAAGACACCAACACUUGCCAAGAUGCAUUGAAAUUCUAUUUCUGGUUCACUUCCAUGUGUUCUUGUUAAAAUUCUAACUGAAACAAAAGUUUCCCAGUCUGUAUUCACACACAAACCAAAUGUUUAUGGAUUCCUCAUGGCAUUAUCUCCUGGACAUCCAAAGAAAUGCAGGCUUCCAUGAGAUGAUCUGGUCCACUCCCCACCAUGUUGAGAAUAUGCAGUAAGAGAGGUUGCAGUUGGUUUUAUUUAAUAUAUGAAGAGAUUAACAACAAGUGAAGAGUUAAAUUCUCAUUCUCAAAAAUGUACUUUUUAUUUUAUUUGGAUUUACCGCAGACUGAAGGUUUUUCAUAAACUGACGUUUUGUACUAAUUUGAACUUGUGGUUCAAACAUAUCUGAGGCAAUCGAGCUGUUUUUACUGGUUGGUGACUGAUAUUCUACUUUGCACUUUCAGUAUUGUGUCACCCAGUUACAUUUUUAAAAAUGGAAACGGAGUGAAAUGGAAAACAGGGCCUUAACCAAACCAUUUGGUUUGAACAUUGAAGCUGAUGGCAGUCAGUUUAUUGGUUUGAUAAGUUUAAAUUCUGAGAGCAUCUCAAGCACUUAACACAGCUGGUAUCAUUUACUGUAAUUUCCUACCAAAUAAUAUAGUUGCAUUGUCUGAAUCUGUGUACAGAACAGUUGCGUAUGUAAAACCUUCAGUGUGCAUACUUCCUGUGAUGUAGUUAGUUGCCGAGGCAGAUUACAGCUGUUAUAUCCGCUAUAAAAAAAAAUGACAGACCCUCCCAGAGAUCUGUAUGUCACUGCACUUGUGUAUCUGUUUUGAUUUUUAUGGAAAAAGAAGUAUGAUUGUGAUCAUCUCAGCAGGCACUAAUUAGUUAACAAAAAUAAAAAGGUUGUUACUAAAACUUAAUUUCCACCCAGGUUAUGCCCGGUUUAGUUCUGUUGCUAUUAUGAUACCAGGUUAUUGUGGUUAAUGUUGGAAUGACAUGGGCCUUCGAUCAUUCUUCUGCCUUGUAUCGUUUGUUUUUGUAUGUUUAAAAGUGUAUGUUAAUGAUUUUUAUUAAUGGAAAACCUGACACGC